AUGAGCCCCCCUCUCUCUGCCUACGACUCGCUCCUCACCCGGCUCAACAACAAACUCUUCGGCAACGACUCCACCCAGUUCCUGCAAGCGGAUGCUGACGAGAAAGGCGACGAAGAAGUGGUGUCUGUGACGGACAAGGAAGUCCAACAAGCCAUCCUGGCAGGUUACUACAACGCCAUCAUGAUUUACCUGGCAGUGGCCAACGAGACUCUGGCAGCUGGAGGGAAUCUCUCGGACGGCUUCGAGAUGGUUCGACGGAUCAGCAACAGAACUUUUAAAGGUAUAGCCGGGAACAUCCACAUCAACAGUGACGGACACAGGGAUACAGACAUGGCGUUAGUGGACAUGACAGAUCCCUGGUUGGGGACCUUUGAGCGAGUGGGCGUGUACAGUGCGGACACUGGUCAGUUGAACCUGAUCCCGGGGGUCAAGAUAAGCUGGCCGGGCGGGGAGGGUCCGGUGGAGGACAUUCCUGAGUGUGGCUUCCAGGACCUGCUGUGUGCUACAUACGGCGAGGGACUCGGUAUGCUGGUCCACAUUACGUCUCGGUAUAACCAGAGGAUGAAACAACUGACCUGGUGGAAGAUCGACAUGGAUGAGUUACAGCCCAUGAAGAGGAACCUGACCAAAUCUACCUUCUCCUCCAUCCUAAGACAGGAAAUGCUUGUCAAUGACACCCGCUUUGAGCUUGACGUCCUGUUCCAAACGUCCUUGAUUUCUGACAUUGUCAGGGUAAGUGAUGACCCCAGACUGGACAAGCUAUGGGUGGCCCCAGAACUGCUCCGGUCCGGAGAAAAGGGCAGCCAAGAGGGCGAUGUGUACAGCUUAGCCAUCAUCAUGUCAGAGAUCAUCUCACGUGAGGAGCCUUACAGCACGGACAAGGAGUACCUCACCACACAGGGUAACAAGAAGUUCAACAAAGCUGGCAGCCUCGUGGACAACCUCUUACAGCGUCUGGAGAAAUACAGCACGAACCUGGAGAAGAUCGUGGACGAGAAGGUGGAUGAACUGAGACAGGAGAAACACAAGUCAGAGGAACUGCUGCGGCAGAUGUUGCCUAAGUGA